AACCGUACAGUUGUGGAUAAUGUCGAUUGUUGUUCAUAAACAAGAGUGUGUUCAAUUUAGACACAUGAGCGGUGACCUGUUUGCAGAGUCAAACAUGGAUUUUACUAGCGAAGGCGGACUGCAGAUACUGUUCAGGGGAACUUUUGGCCAAAAAUGGAGGAACAGUUUUGGUAAUCAUGGAAACGAAAAGUCAUUCCAGUUGGACACUUCCAAUUACAUCGUACACAAUGUAGAAGGCGGGUAUUUGAAUCGUGUUUACAGGCUGUGCAGCAAGAACGACCAAUCGCAAUCCGUCUUCAUUAAACAUGCUCCACCAUUCAUCAAGUGCCUGGGUUACGACCAACCGCUUGGAGAAGAGAGGCUUCACACCGAGUUCCUUGCUCUUAGGAAGUUCCAGCAAGCUGUACCUGGUUCAGUGCCUGAUGUGUAUUUCCACGACGAAGAAACAAAAUGUGUUGUCAUGGAGGAUCUCAGGAACUACGAAGUCAUGGGCAGUCAAUUAAGCCAAGGCUGUCUGGACAUCGUCCUGGUCAGGCGACUAGCCAGCGUGGUCGCCAAACUGCAUCGGAAUACGCACGUCGCGACUACCUCAAGCAGCGAAUUCACGACAAUGCUGGAAACAUUCCGGAAUGAAGAGAUGGUUGCUUUGAAUGCCGACAUGACCUUUGACCUCAGCAAUCCGGCCAAUCGCUGCUCUCCGGAGCUGGAGGGUCCGGCUUGCAGUAUUCGGAAGGACCCCGAGAUCGUUGCGAACAUUCAGAGCCUUCACUUGGUCUUCUUGCAGCGUAAGGAAUGCCUGACACACGGAGACCUGCACCUUGGCUCCGUUAUGGUGAACGAGUCGUCCGUAAAGUUGAUCGAUGCCGAGUUUGCGUUCAUGGGUCCAGCGGCUUCAGACGUUGGUCACAUUUUAUCCAACUUCAUCUUCUCCUAUGCUGCGCACACUCUGUACCCCAAGGAGGAGAAUUCAUCCAUUGACCACCUCCUUAGAGAGGCAACACAAGAAACAGUGGACGUCUAUUUUGAUGAGGCAAAGGAAUUUCUGAGUGAAGACGCCCUGGCUACGUUAGUGUCUCAAACAGCCGGAUUUACCGGUUGUCACAUUAUCAAGUGGAUCAUAGGGAUUGCCGAAGCUAGAGACUUGCUGGACAAACCGCAGGCUGAACUGAUGUGUCUGAGUAUCGGAGCGCGCUUGGUCAAAGAGUACAACAUGAUCAGAUCUACGCAGGACCUACUACGAUGCAUCUUCGACACAUAAUAUAUAUGGAACACCAUGUAUGUUCCCUCGUUUUAACUUAUAUUGAUUCAUUUGUGGGAAUUUGAGGAAAUCCAAAUGAGGAAUUUUUAAGCGCGUUUUUAAGUUUAAGUGUCUUAAUUUAUUUGAACGUCUGCAUUCAGCCAAAAUGCAGCCUCGUUUCCAUGGGUACGAUGUUUGUUCCCAUCAUGCCUUGUGCGAUCUUUGUUCCCAUCAUGCCUUGCGCAGUCUUAACCCCUGGAAUUGUGUAAUUUAAAUGUGGCACUAAUUGGGACAUUUAAAUUAGGACUGCAGUCGAUGUAUUUAACACGCGAUGCAGCGUUUAAAAUUUGUUAAGUUUCUUUUGAAGAAUCAAUCCUUUUAAAGAUUAGAUUUCGACGUCGCAUUAUUUAGCAAGGGUAUUAAAUGUACCUGCCUGUCGUCCCUUUACAACACAUGAUACAGGUUUUUGGGGCAAUACAAAGAAGGAAUCCAUAUCGUACAGACAUUGUGCAGUUUCGAAAAAGAAAAUUCAUAUGUGACGUGACGUGCAGGAGAUAGGCGCAAGCGCAUAUAGAGCGUGCAGUCUUCGAAAUAUGCGCGCAGUAGGCUUUGAAUAGCCAGUCAGCGUCGUUUACAUAUUCCUCACGACCAGGGGUUAGUGAAGGAACGUGCACGCACCCAUGGAGUCAAGGCUGGCCAGAAUGCUCUGAAUGAUAAAUUUUAUGGUGAAUUUUAAUAAGGGGUUUUAUUUUUAUCUUGAUAUUUAUUGUUUUUAACCCGUAGUUAUAUCGACACACAUAUAUUCCGUGUCAAACAGGGAGUCGAAAGUGAUCCCCAAAAAACUUGCAAUACAGAUACUUAUUAAUUUGUACUUAUUCAUUUGUACGCCACAGCAAGCAACUACAUGUGUAUCUCUUUAACGUUUUUAAACGAACAUUUAUUUAUGAAAUAAAGACACAUUUUGAGGUCACUUAUUUUAUGAAAUUUCUAGCAUUAAUGAUGCACAGUAUUAUCUAUUUAAGUGUAUUAUAUAUACAAAAAAAAUUCCUUUAAAUGUUAAUAUCAACACGUUGUGUAUUAGAAAAAUCAAGUUUGUUUAAUUUGCCUAGUUUUUAAUUGUAAAACCGAAGCAUAACUUUAUACUAAUCAUAUAUGAAUGCAAGUUUGCAAUAAAUGAAAUUUCAAUACUUAAUUUAA